AUGGCGAGCGUUCAGCAGGGCGAGAAGCAGCUUUUUGAGAAGUUCUGGCGAGGAACCUUCAAAGCAGUGGCCACUCCUCGUCCCGAGAGCAUCAUCGUUGCUAGUAUCACGGCCCGCAAACCGCUGCCAAGGACAGAGACUCACGGCAUCCCCAUGGUCCCAGCCCAAGGUGGAUCAGAAAAGCUGAGCCAACGUCUGGCCACUGAGGCCUUGGGCACCAACAGCUGGGAAAGAGACAAGGCCUGUCGGGAACUGGGCCUUGCCAGAGCACACAGUGCCUCCCGGGACAGAGACUUGACUCCACCGCCUUCCUCCAGGGGGAAGAAGAAAAAGAAAAAAUCAACCCGGAAGAAGAGAAGGAGGUCCCCAUCCUAUAGUCCAUCACCUGUCAAGAAAAAGAAGAAGAAAAGUUCCAAGAAGCAUAAGCGACGCAGGUCAUUCUCCAAGAAAAGAAGGCACAGCUCCUCUAGCCCAAAAAGCAAAAGAAGGGAAGAGAAGAGGCACAAGAAACAAUCCCGAAGCCGGCCCCGAAAGUCUCACCGCCACCGCCAUCACCACUGUCCCUCUCGGUCCCAGAGCUCAGAAUCUCGCUCCUCCAGCUAUGAGAGCAGGCACCGAGGCCGGUCCCCUAAGGAAGGGCGGAAGUCCCGCCAAAGGCACUCCCGCCGCUGCUCCAAGACUCUCGGCAAGGCCAGCCCCGAGGCCCGGUCCAGCCAUCCUCCCAGCCAGCCUCUCCAGAUGCUCAGCUUCCUGUCGGCCAGGGGUGUAAUCACUGGGUCGGGGUCUGCCGCUGACCUCUUUACCAAAACAGCCAGUCCGCUCGCCACCUCCCGAGGACGCUCCCAGGAGUAUGACUCAGGCAAUGACACGUCCUCGCCACCCUCCACGCAAACCAGCUCAGCCAGGUCUCAGGGCCAGGAGAAGGGGAGCCCCAGUGCGGGUCACAGCAAAAGCCAGGAGCUCACCAGUGGCAACACCUCGGAUUCAGGGAAUUCCUUCACCACCUCCUCCCCCCAGAACAAAGGGGCCAUUCUGGAGAAUCUCUCGCCCCCCAGCAGGGGCAGAGAGUCAAGAGAAUUUCAAUCACCAUGUCUGGAGUGUGCCGAGGUGAAGAAGUCCAGUCUGGUUCCAUCCACAGCCCAAAGUUCCCCUGUAAAAGAGUGUUCCCGCAGCUCCUCCUAUGCCAGCACACGAUCCUCCAGUCGUUCCUCCAGAUCCCCAAACCCCAGGGCCUCUCCCAGGUACACUCGGAGUCGAUCCACCUCCUCUGAGAAAAGGUCCUACUCCCGCUCUCCCAGCUACUCCUCCAAGUCUGGCAAGAGGAGCCCGCCCAGCAGAAGCUCUCGGUCCCGCCGCAGCCCGAGCUACUCGCGCUACAGUCCCAGCAGGGAGCGGGACCCCAAGUACAGCGAGGACUCGCAGCAAAGGGAGCGAGAGAGAGCGCGCCGGAGGCGCAGGUCCUACUCGCCCAUGAGGAAGCGUCGGAGAGACUCCCCAAGCCACCUGGAAGCCCGCAGGAUAACAAGUGCCCGGAAACGCCCCAUCCCUUACUACCGGCCCAGCCCCUCCUCAUCCAGCAGCCUCAGCAGCGCCUCCUCCUGGUACAGCAGUAGCAGCAGCCGCUCAGCCAGCCGCAGCUAUUCCCGGAGCCGCAGUCAGAGCCGCAGCCGAAGUCGCAGCCGGAGCCAGAGGAGCCAGAGCCGGAGCCGGAGCAGGACCCGCAGUAGCAGCAGCUCUGGCUCCCGCAGCCCCAGCCUGGGUUCCCGGAGCCGGAGUCGGAGCAGGAGCCGGAGCUACAGCUCAGCAGACAGUUACUCCAGCACGAGGCGCUAA